UGCCCCGCGCCGGCGGCACGUUGGCCCGGCCGUGCGGCGGCUUUACCGAGCGCAAAAAUGUCUAUGGCUAGUGAUUUCUACCUGCGCUACUACGUUGGGCACAAGGGCAAGUUUGGGCACGAGUUUCUGGAGUUCGAGUUUCGGCCGGACGGUGAGCGGCGGAAGGGGCCGCGAGGGAGGGCGAGCCGCCCUGGGGGAAAGCUUAGAUAUGCCAACAACAGCAAUUAUAAAAACGACGUGAUGAUCAGAAAAGAGGCCUAUGUUCACAAGAGUGUCAUGGAAGAACUGAAGAGAAUUAUUGACGACAGUGAAAUUACAAAAGAGGAUGAUGCUUUGUGGCCACCGCCUGACAGGGUUGGCCGCCAGGAACUUGAAAUUGUAAUUGGGGAUGAACAUAUUUCUUUUACCACAUCAAAAAUAGGUUCUCUUAUUGAUGUAAAUCAGUCAAAGGAUCCUGAAGGCCUCCGUGUAUUUUACUACUUGGUGCAGGACUUGAAAUGCUUAGUAUUCAGUCUCAUUGGACUACAUUUCAAGAUUAAGCCAAUUUGAACUGGAUACUUUUGAGAUUAUUUAUAUAUUUAAUUAAAGGAGGGUUUUUUAAUUGACACUUUCGGGAUUUUUUUAUUAAUGUGAAAUUUUUGUAUAUAAACUUAGUAUGUGAAAUAUGUUUUCCUCUCUUGGGUCCAUGUGGGCUAGAAAGCCCCUAUAUGCAAUUGAUUCUGUACAUAAAAGCCACUUUUUGUUGAAAUUUUGCUCUAAUAAAAUGUAUGAAAAGCCUA